GGCUCCUCCCCCGCCGCCCAGCCCCGCGGGGAGACAGAGGCUCGUUUAUUUACUCGGCGUGCUUCCGUGGGAGGCGCGGUGGCAGACCCGGGCCCCGGCGUCUGUCGGCUGGAGAGGGAGCGCAGAAUGAGAUGCGUAGAAUUCUAGCUACAGAGGAACAAGUUAGAGGCCGGUGGGUUUUGUUUCACACAAGGUCUCCCCAGGUGUAGAAUUCUCGAUCCUCGUGUGUCUCUGGCUUCGGAGUAGCUGGGGCCACUGGCUGGCCCUCUCGCAGCCUCCUGUGAUGUUCUGAGUGUUUAUUUUCACGAGAAAGCCUUGACCUUAGGACUGCGAAGGCUCUUUUGGUUUCGUUUGGUUUAAAAUAAUAAGUCGAGACGCGGUGUGAGAUCUGUUACCCAAUACACGGAAGGGAGGGAAACCUUCGAAGAAGAUAGAAUAAUAACUGAAGGCCGCUUUGACUGGAGGGCGCCUGCUUUUGUGUCUUCUCUGCAGGCAUGGUUUGCAGCUGGACCCCGACCCAGACCAGGAAGGCAACCUGCAUCAUGUGGUUACUAAAUGCUCUUCAUUUACCUAUUGAUGCCUCCCAAAAAGAGACGCCAAAGACAGUUGCACAAAGCCCAGCUGCUAUUCCACCAACAGCCACUGGAGGGCCCCAAACACCAUUAUGAAUCGCUCCAGCAGCCCAUUACCCACACUGUACAGGUGCCCAGCAAGCCCAUCGAUCAGGGCACCAUCACUUCCUGGGUAUUACCUCAGUUUGAUAUAACAGCUGAAACCCAGUUUCCAGCACACCGGAAACACCGUCCCCGAGACCAGGCAAGACACUUAACUCGAAGAUCUGCCUGCAAGUUCCCAUGUCUAACCUUUGAGAGUCCACCGUCUUCCAGUUCAGAGACAUUGUUGAUAUCCGUCAACAGAGAAGAGCCCUGUCAGUCAGAAAAGGACACUCCCAGAAGGCCUUUAGUGCCGCUGCUCAGUCCCCAGAGUUGUGGGGACCUGUCAGUGCACUCCCUUCAAAGCUUACCUCGUGUGUUCAUGCCCCCUGAUAUCCAGACACCAGAGUCGUCUGUAAGGGAAGGUCCCAUUUCUGUAAGGGAAGGUCCCAUUUCCCCAGACCAGAAAGAAAACAGUCUUCCAGAUAGCAUCCUUGGCCUGAGAACUCCUAGCAGCCCAGAGCCUGGGCCUGUCCUGGUCAAGGACACCCCUGAGGACAAGUAUGGGAUAAAGGUCACAUGGAGACGAAGAAGGCACCUGUUUGCCUACCUUAAAGAGAGAGGGAAGCUGGACGAGAGCCAGUUCCUUGUGAAGAUCUGACUGCAUGUCAUGGACUUCAGCUCAUCUCCAAAGCUGCUGACGGUCAUAGUUUCCAAAGUCUCUCUGGCUUGAAGGAACGAAAUGGAGUGAACACCAAUAGGAGGAAGACUUAGCUAGAGGCCUGGAGCUGGGUUUCGGCUUCUAGAUUUGAAUUUUAAGCCACCUCGUAUUAGGAAGAAUUGAGUUUAGUGUCAUGAACUGUUGCUAUUUUUCUCAUAUUAACUGCUUAAACCUCUAAAGUAUCUCAUACUGUUUACGAUGUUUGCAAAUAAAUGGCUGCUCCAAGUUUUUAGAGAACCCUGCUUUUGCCAGUCGUGCAGCCCAUUAUAAAGGUCUGUGCUGAUUA